AUGGCUGAACAAGUAUUAAAACGUCUUGAAGCUAUCACAGAUCGACUUGAGUUAGCUUCUAAACAGCUUUUAUCUAAUUCAUCAUCCGGUUCAGUCGAUCAGUCAAAUAAAGAUGAUGAUUCAGCAAAUAAUAUUGAUCAUUUACCUAUCAUACAAGAUUAUGAUACAUUAAUCAAUGAAUCAGUUAAACCAUUUGUUGCUGUUUCAAAAAAAAUUGGUGGUGAUUUAGAAACAAUGAGUGAUCAUGUUUCGCGUCUUUUCGAUGCUCAACAUCAAUUUUUACGACAAGCAGUACAAAGUAAAAAACCAGUUGAUAAACAAAUAGCGGAUGCAAUUAAACCACAAUCAAAUGAAAUUGAAGCUAUUACAUUAUUUACAAGUAAAAAUCGUAAAUCACCAUUAUUCAAUCACUUAUCAACUAUUUCCGAAGGUAUUCCAGCAUUAGGUUGGAUUCUUGUUUCACCAACACCUGGUCCACAUAUUAAAGAUAUGUCUGAUGCUGCACAAUUUUAUUCAAAUCGUGUAUUAAAAGAAUUUAAAGAAAAAGAUCCUACUCAUGCUGAAUGGGUUAAAUUAUGGAUUAAAAUAUUCAAUGAUCUUCAUGGUUAUGUUAGACGACAUCAUACUACUGGUCUAGCAUGGGCUUCACAGGGUAAACGUGAUUUUGAUACUAUUAAUACAUCUACAACUAAACCUGCUGCUGCUGCUGGUGGUCCUCCUCCACCUCCACCACCGCCGCCGCCACCACCACCAAUGCCGAUGAAUACAGAUCUUGGUGCUAAGGAUGAUAAUAGUCGAAAUGAAUUAAUGGAUUCAAUUAAUUCGUUAGGUCAAGGUGUAACAGCUCGUCUCAAAAAAGUACCUGAGGAACUUAAAACACAUAAAAAUCCACAAUUACGUCAACAAGCAGACAAUGAAUCAGCUUCGAAUAAAAAACCUGUUGUACCACCAAGAUCUACAAAACCGACAUUAUCACAAACAACUCAUACUGGAACACCUAAAUUAGCUCUUGAAGGUAAUAAAUGGGUAGUUGAGCAUCAUACAGGUAAAUCUGAUCUUCGAAUAACAGAAACAGAAAUGAAACAUACAAUUUAUAUAUAUAAAUGUACAAAUUCAACGAUAAUUGUUGAAGGUAAAGUUAAUUCAAUUGUACUCGAUCAAUGUACAAAAGUUGGCUUACAAUUUACAUCAGUUGUAUCAUUAGUUGAAUUUAUUAAUUGUAAAAGUAUGAAAGCACAAGUUAUUGAACGUGUACCAACAAUUCAAAUAGAAAAAACUGAUGGUUGUCAUAUAUAUUUAUCUUCAGUAUCACUCGAUACAGAAUUUAUAACAUCGAAAUCAUCUGAAAUGAGUGUUAAUCUUCCAUGUGAUGAUGGUGAAUAUAAAGAAUAUCCAAUUGCUGAACAAUUCAAAACAUAUAUACAAAAUGGCAAACAACUUGUAACAAUCGCAAAUGAAUCUGCUGGUGUUUAA